AUGCCGUCUCUCGUCGGUUCAGUCAACCAUUUCGAUAUCAAGCGCAAAGCGCAUGGCCUCAGCCGCCGGAGCCAGGAGCAGACAUGGAACCCCUUUCGUCACGUAUCGUGGGAUAACCACCCCAGCAAGCGGUCCACUUGGGACGGUGCGAACCUCGAGGCCCAGCGCGAAGCCCUUGCCGAAGACAUAGAAACCGACGAAGCGUUACAUCACGUUCAGAGCGAACCGGCUGCCAGGGACUCCGAUAUCCCACGUAACAGCCUGAGGAAAGACACGAGGUCGCGCUCGGGCAGUGGAAGCGGCGAUACCGCGUACGAGAACAAGCCCGAAGAUGGCGGCGUCUUGAGGAACCGCAAAUCUGAAGCUGCACAGGAUGAAGGGGCCUCGCCAGAGGAGGAGAUGGAAAAGCCCAAAAAGCAAAAGUCGGGCUUGAUUAGACACGUCGAACCCAAAGAGCCCUUUACGGUUGCCAAUCAACUGCAACGCACGCUGCUCAGCUCCUACAUCAAUAUUUUGAUACUAGCCGCCCCAGUCGGUAUCGCCAUCAGCUACGUCGGUUCCGUCAAUAAGAUCGCCGUCUUCGUCGUCAACUUCAUCGCCAUCAUCCCCCUGGCAGCCAUGCUGGGUUUCGCUACCGAAGAGAUCGCACUGAGGACAGGGGAGACUUUGGGAGGUCUCCUCAACGCAACAUUUGGCAACGCCGUUGAGCUCAUCGUCGCCAUUCUCGCCUUGGUCGAGGGCAAGGUCUUGAUUGUGCAGACCUCGCUCAUUGGCUCCAUUCUCUCCAACCUGUUGCUCGUCAUGGGCUUCUGCUUCUUCUUUGGUGGCCUCAACCGACCCGAGCAAUACUUCAACACGACUGUCGCCCAGACCGCUGCCUCCCUUCUUUUCAUUGCUGUGGCCUCCGUCAUUGUUCCUACCGUCUUCGACAAGAAUGACCACACCAACAAUCCCACCCACGUUGCCGCUCUUUCGCGAGGCACCGCCGUCAUUCUCCUCAUUAUCUACGCUUCCUAUCUCUUCUUCCAGCUCAAAACGCACAACGCCGUCUUCAACGAGGAGUCUCAAAAGGUCGCCGCCAAACCCUGGAGUCGCGGUGGCCUAAAGGAGGGUGCGCUUGCCCGUGGAUUGGCUGGCACUGGUGCACGCAUGGCACACACCGGUGUCCGCAAUGAUGGCGAUGAUGACCGUCAGGAGCUCAGCCGGAUCAUGAUGCAGCGUCAGGAUGAGGAGGAUGACGAGGACGAGGGUCCGCAGUUGCACUUCUUCGUGGCUGUCGGCACCCUCACCCUUGCUACUGUCUUGAUCGCAUUUUGCGCCGAGGCCAUGGUCAGCUCCAUCGACUACGUUACCAAGCAGGGUGGCAUCAGCGAGGAAUUCGUCGGUCUCAUUCUUUUGCCCAUCGUCGGUAAUGCCGCCGAGCACGCCACGGCUGUUACGGUGGCCAUCAAGGACAAGAUGGAUCUUGCUAUUGGUGUAGCCGUCGGCUCCAGUAUGCAGGUUGCCCUGUUCCUGAUCCCAAUGUUGGUGAUUAUUGGAUGGGGCAUGGGCAACGACGACAUGACGCUCAGUUUCGACCAGUUCCAGGUUGCGGUGCUGUUUGUCGCCGUCCUGUUGGUCAACUACCUGAUUAGCGAUGGCAAGAGUCAUUGGCUCGAGGGGUUGCAGCUCAUUUGUCUGUAUGCCAUUAUUGCUACGUGCUCUUGGUGGUACCCUGCUAGCGGUGUUGCCGGCUAA